AUGUCUGUCAAAGUUGCGAUUGCGGGCGCCACAGGUUCUGCUGGGAUCCCGAUUAUUAAUGAGCUGUUGAAAGCUGCGCAUCAUGUUACCGCCCUCAGUCGAAGUAUAAGCAGUGGCUCUUCUAAGCUCCCUAAGCACCCAAAUUUGGACAUUGUCGAGGUCGAUUACGACUCCGUCCCUUCGCUCACUGCUGCCCUGAAGAAUCACGCCGUUGUGAUCGCAACUUUACCCGUUGAUACCCCAGUCGGCAGCCAGGACACGCUCAUUGAUGCCGCUGUUGCCGCUGGUGUGAGUCGCUUCAUUCCAGCUGAAUUUGGCACCGACACCGACAAUGAGAAAUGCAUGAAGCUCCCUGUAUUUGAGAACAAGAUGCAUACUCUUCAGUAUCUUAGAUCCAUGGUGGCCAAGCAUCCCAACUUCAGUUAUACUGCCAUAUGCACUGGUGCCUUCUUUGACUGGGGCUUGGAGGCUGGCUUCUUAGCUCACCCCAAGACGCAUACUGCCACUAUCUACGAUGAUGGCAACCUUCCUUGGAGUACAACGACUCUCACAACCAUUAGCAAAGCUGUGGUAUCUUUGAUGAGUCACCUCGAAGAGACAAAGAAUCGACAUGUCUACAUCCAUGAUGCGGUAGUUACGCAAAACAAGAUCAUCGAAAUAGCCAAGAAAAUCGACGGCAAAGAUUGGGAAUUGACAUAUGUCAACUCAGCUGCUGUCUUGGGAGAGGCACAUGUUGAGUAUAGGAAGGCAGAUUCUGAUUACAAGAAAGGACUUAUGCCGCUUCUGCAUAUUUCUGUGCUUGGAAAGGGCUAUGGAGGGGAUUUUUUAGGGCGUUUGGAUAAUGAGCUCCUUGGCAUCAAAGUCAUGAGAGAUGAAGAGCUCGGGGAAGUGAUUGCCAAGUACUUGUGA